GUGUGUGUGCGCGCGCGCUCUGGUUGUUGUGGAGGCGGAUGGAAUGUUAGGGUCCCGGGAGCUCGCGCUCCAGAUUUCUGUCAAGGAAACACAGGACUUCAUUUAGACUGCUCAAAGAAUAGCAUUGGAAGCCAGAAAGAAAAAUCCUAAUUUUUUUAAUAGAAACAUCAAACAUGGAGGAUGACAUGCGGUCUUUGCUGACUUCUGAAGAAAACCACAAAACUGAGAACCUAGGAUUCAAUUCAAGAAAACCUUUCCACGUGCCACCCAGAGAUCUCCAUGGGGCCACAGACCCCCAAGAGAGGGUGACCCCCAAAGCAUCAGCAAUGAACAGCCGCAUUCAGUACUACAACAGGCUGACCUCCACAGACCAGACCUUGAUGCCACCCAAACAUGUAAUUCCACCUUCCGAGGAAAUCUAUGUUUACAGUCCACUUGGAAGAGCAAUGCAGCUUGAAAGCAGUCUCGAUGGCGUUGGAACAAAUUCCAGCAUGGUUACUAUAUUUGCUAUUUGGAAUACAAUGAUGGGGACAUCCAUAUUAAGUAUUCCGUGGGCAAUGAAGCAGGCAGGAUUUACCUUGGGAAUAAUCUUAAUCAUUCUAAUGGGCCUCCUGUUGCUGUACUGUUGUUAUCGAGUGGUGAAAUCUCGGAACACCAUAAAUUUUGUAGAUACAUCUAGCUGGGAAUUCAUUGAUGUCUGCAAAUACUAUUUUGGCUCAUUUGGUCAGUGGUCCAGUCUCCUUUUCUCCAUGAUUUCUCUGAUCGGAGCAAUGGUUGUGUAUUGGGUCCUAAUGUCGAAUUUCCUUUUCAACACCGGCAAAUUUCUGUAUAAUUACAUUCAUAAUAUCACAGAAAUUAACCAUGUUUUAAGCACAAAUGGAAGUUUGAAAGUUAUUUGUCCAAACCCACCAGGGGUUCACUUGAAGAACCACACUCACAUAUCCUUCCUUACGGGCAAUGAUACCAGCCUGCACACGUUUCAGGAGUGGUGGAACAAGACCAACACUGUCCCCCUUUAUCUGAUCGUCCCUUUGUUGUCUCUCCUCAACUUCAAGUCUGCUUCCUUCUUUGCACGGUUCAACAACCUAGGUACUAUUUCAGUCAUUUACUUGAUUGUACUGGUAACCCUGAAGGCAGUGCGGUCAGGUUUUCACUUGGAAUUCCACUGGUUUGAAUCUGUGAACAAUUUUGUAGCGGAGUUCAGGUUAUCCUUUCCACAGCUCACCGGAGUGCUCACUCUGGCUUUCUUCUUCCACAACUCAGUCAUCACACUACUGAAAAACAACCAAGAUCAGAAGAAUAAUGUCCGGGACCUCUCCAUUGCUUACCUCCUAGUGGCGGUCACUUAUCUGUAUGUGGGAAUAAUGGUAUUUGCAGCAUUUCCCUCACCAGAACUUUCCAAAGAAUGUAUUGAGCCAAAUUUUCUGGACAACUUGCCCAGCAAUGAUGUCAUGGCAUUUAUUGCCAGAGUCUUCCUGUUGUUUCAGAUGACAACUGUUUACCCGCUUCUGGGCUACCUGGUUCGAGUUCAGCUGUUGGUACAGUUGUUUGGAAAAGUAUAUCCCAGUUUUCUGCACGUCUUCAUCCUAAACCUUCUGAUUAUAUGUACUGGAGUCCUUGUUGCAAGGUUUUAUCCCAAUAUCGGUGGCCUUAUAAGAUAUUCGGGAGCAACCUGUGGCCUUGCCUUUGUAUUCGUUUACCCUUCCCUUGUUCACAUGAUAUCACUCAAACGCCAAAGACAGCUGAAGUGGUCGUCAAUUGCUUUCCAUAGUCUCAUCAUGGUAUUGGGUUUGGCUAAUUUCAUCACACAGUUCUUUAUGUGAGACCAGACUAAAGAUAAGUCUGCAAUUGUAUUGACUGGACAAUAAUAAACUAUUUAAAAUUUGUACUUUAACCGGAUUACAGAUGAGUUCAAGUAAACAAUUGAACUGCAUUGUUACUGCAACCACCUGAAACUCAAAUGAGGUACUCACUUUUUUUUAAUCAAGACUUGUGGUGAUUCUCAAAUUUUAUAGAUGCUUUAAUCUGAAAUUCUCCUAACUGUGAAAUGCAAUAUUGUGACAACUAAUUUUAUUUGCACUAAUUACUGUAAUUGCUGAAAUUGUCUAACUUAGUCAAGGGUGGGUCACGGGUCAUCCUUUAAAUCCAUUUGUUUUAUUAAACGAGACAAAAUAAUCAAUUAAUACCCAACAAAAAAGCUAGUAUGUUGCAUUGUGUAUGCUUGUUGUGUUCAAUGGAAAAUGGAUACCAAUGUUUUGUUUGCAAGCUUUUUUUUAAAUGUACGUACACUUAAAACCCAUACGUGGCACAUGCUGAUUGGAUGGGGGUGGGUGGGGCUGAGAAAAAGGGAAGGGAGGUAAAAAGCAUUUGAUCUGCUGAAGCAGUUAUUGAUUUGGUUCUGUGUAUAGGAGUUGAACUGCAUAGUACAGGGUGGAAUGCACUUUAUGAUCUGCUUGGCUGGAAUGACUUGUGACAACAUGUUAGUGCACUGUUUUAAAUUAGCCUUGUGAUUGUAUGGCCCUACGUAGGAUUAAAAGGAUGCCAGCAA